UCUGGAGGGCGUGGCUUCGCGCCGCUGCUGCCGUGCGGCUGAAAUCCUUCCAUUGAUAUUCAGCCCAGUGUCCUAUAUAUGAGAAGAGCAGAAAAAAAACCCACAGCGCAGUGUGCAACCCUGAGCAUGAUGUGAGACUGAGACAAAGACAAGAGCAGGAUAUCCACCUUGAUUUUGGACUAACAACAAAGGAAGCAAUAAAACUGGACUCAGAAUGGGAACAGUUCCUAACCCCAAACGGACUGUUACUGUUCAAAUGGUACCUCGACUAUCUGGUACAGAUACUUUGGGCAACAAGGACACAAAUGCAAUCUGUCUCCAAGACUCCGGUUUAAACCUGACAAAGGAUCUUGCUUCUACGCAAAAAACAAAACCAGAUCAGGAUAAUAUGCAACAUAAGUCUGCAAGUAAAGAGAACCUGUUGGAAGGGACAUCCAACUCUCCUUCUUCUAACAGUGAGGAUUAUAGAAAACCUGAUCCCCAGGAACCUCAUGCAAACACCAAGAUGGAAAACAUCAAUGUAAUUUCAAAGUCGUUACCGACCAUUUCUGCCAAAAGCAAGGAUAUUUGUUCAAGUAGCCCAUCAUGUGUAGAAACACUGCCUCAAGAUGAUAAGGAGAGAAAUGACAGUCAUGCUAAACAAGGAAACGAAGAAGGGCAGAGUACGGAGAAACUACAGAGUAGAGCAUCGGCAUCUGAGGAACCCACAGCACACAGUCAAAAGCCAUGUCACACAUGUGAUCCUAAGCUCAGAGACUUACCUCCCAGCAACAGGAAUGCAAACAAGGACACUUCCCAUUUACAUGAACUUAAAGAAUCGAGUUGCACCAUUAGUUCAGAUCUAGCUCUGAUAACCAGCAUGGAUGAGACGAAUCAACCACAUCCAGAAUCAACUAAGAAAUUGCAAGGAGCGACUUGCCCACAAGGCCUUACAACAGAGGUUUCCAAAUCAGUUCCUAAACCAGCAGAGACCUCUCAGCCAGCAAACAGCAAUGAAAAACCUGAGGCAGAUCUUACUAUAUUACAAGCUAACAAAAAACAGUCCACACCUCUUAAAGAAAAAGAGUCUUGCCCCAAAUCUGAAUAUGAUGCAAAUGACGACAAACCCCACCAUAAUGUCACAAUAAACAGCACUUCUCAACACUCCCUGGACAUCUCCUUAAGUCACUCCUUUCAUGCUGAAGUGACUGAUGAGGCAGUUCAAACACAAGGAUCUGCUUUGGAGGAAAAUAAGAUGAAACACUGUAAGCUGUACCGUGAGGCCUCCACCAUGACAUCAGCAGCAGACUGUGGCACCUCCCCCUGCAAACAGCACCAGGAUGUAGAGGUGCAGGCUGUGGCUUUAGUCUGCACUCGUGCUGUUGAAACAAGUCCCAGCCUUUUUACGUACCAACCCAAACGGGUGUCUAUUUGUCUUCAAAUGGAAGAAAUGGAGAGCCUUGCAAUGGUAUAUCAUAAGGACAAUGCAGAGGCACCAAUUAUAAUGGAAACAUCUGGUAGUUCAUGUGGUCCAUCUAUCACAACCUUGUCAGGGGGACUUCUUCAAUCUGGAGGCGUUUUGGUGCACACAGAUGGUGUUUUACAACACGAGACCAGGCUUGGAGCCAAGCCCAAGGAGCCUGGGCCACCAAUUUACAAUGCCCCAAAAGGAUAUUCACCUCUUCAACCAGUUUAUCAGAUCAAUAUCGAGACAUGCAAUCAAAAUAAACCAUCAGCUGAAGCUAGUUGUCAAAGUCAGAGCUACAAAGUCUCCCCUGUGCUUUCUGGUUUACAUUCUGUGAAACAGGACUCCAAGGGGAAGGGCUUUGGUGAGAUAUCGACCACAACAACCGAUCAGGCCUGUCAAGCUCUGUCUGUAACAAGUCCUCAGUCAGAACAACCUGCCAGGCCUCCUGCUGCUAAAUCCCCUAUUUCACAGUCAAAGCCCUCUCCACAUGUGGUCGGUCCUCGUACAGCAGCUAAUGAGACCAAAACAGAGGCUUCUGCCCCUCCAUCAAGCUCCACUUCAAAGCACAAAAUAAAGAGAGAGCAGCUGGUUGACAAAUCCAUAGCCAAGUCAGCAAAGCAAUGUUCCAAGUUGGAGCCAGAGAGCUAUAAGAAGGAGGAUGAGAAGGCAGCCAAGCCGACGAAGAAGAGCGUUCACGACGUGGUGUGGGAUGAGCAGGGCAUGACGUGGGAGGUGUACGGUGCCUCGCUGGAUCCAGAGUCACUCGGUUUCGCUAUCCAGAGUCACCUCCAGUGCAAAAUCAAAGAGCACGAGAAGAAGAUCAUGGCUCAGACAGUGCUCAGGAAAUCCAUAUCAGGUGCAGUGUCUGACUCACCCUCAGCCAGAAAGAGCAAGCGAAGGCAGGCAAAUGUCUUCAGAUCCAUGUUCCAAAAUGUCAGACGGCCCAACUGUUGUGUACGUCCACCCCCCUCGGCAGUGCUGGAGUGAGAACUGCUGAGUAAUCCUGGUCCGAUGAUUGCCUGGUACAGAAUCUUCCUUGAGGUUUUCUAGUGCAAAGCAUGACAGGACUAUUCCCGGUUCAUGAUGCAGAAUGUGCGGCAUUUAAAAAAAUUGGUGAGUGUGUAAGUGGAGGCAGUAAACAUUAUUAUUAGAGGAAGUAUUUUUAAAAAUUAAAAAAUAUGCCGAGAGUAAAGUUCUAACAGUAUUUAAAGUGAAAUGGCAAUAAUGAUAAUAAUAUAAUAUAAUGAAGCUAAUGGAACAUAUUUAGUUAUAUGCAUGUAUAUUGGUUCAGAUGGCUGUCUAUUACCCUCCCAUUGUGGGAUCUGCAGUUAUACAUUGCACUGAAUAUCAGAUGUAAGCUUACUACUGUUACUUUUUACAAAACCUUGUGCAGUUGAAUUUAAAAUCUUAUUGUACUCUGAGUUUGGUAAAUAAUUAUUAUUAUUAUUUAUGAUAUUCAUAUUUAUGAGUUUGUUUAAUCGUUAAGCUUUGCAAAUCCAAAUAGGUUGAUAAUUAAUGAAGAUAAACUGCAAGAACAACAAAAAAAAAUCUAAAAUCAGGUGUGCUUGUUGUCAUAUGUAUAGUAAAGUGCUGGUGUGCCAUAGAUACCAUAUUGAGCAGCAAUGUUACCCUGAUUUUAUAUUAAAAUCAUUUAGAGAAUACCAUUCACUCUCAGUUUACUCUGUUCUUCAUUACACAGUGCAUUUGCCUUAAGUAUGAUUUUUUGUAGUUAUUUUGGAUAUUAUCUGCAGUUACAUACCGUGAUGAGAAGGUCAUGUUCGUGGGUACGUGUAUGUAAAACACUGAAAGGCAGUUCUGUCAGUUUGCUCAGCCAUGUGACUACAUUAACUGCUGACGCAUCAUAUGACUUUUCUUAUUCCGUUGCUUUGCCAUAACUGUAACCAUUUAGUGAUGUGACUGAUGGUGGCAUUUCAGCCACAGAUGGAAGCCGUAUCACCAUGAAUCAUAUCACAAAUCUAUUUUUGGAGGUCUUGACCUCUACAGAGUGAAUGAUAUUGAAUUUGGCAGAAGGGCUUUUCUUGUUUUCUCUCUCUUUCUCUCUCUUUCUUUAAUAUUCUGUCCCUCUAUGCCACAACUCCUGCAGCUUCAUUCUCUUUCAUUUCAACACAUCUCAUCUCUUAAUUAGCUCCUGUUUCAAUAUUUAAUGUCCUCCCCAUCGCUGGCACAGUAUCGUUGCAACCAUUUAAAGGCUCUGAUUAGAUCUUCACCAUAGGCCCUGUUUUAACUCUGGAAGAGAUUAAUGCUGGCGACGCAGCUCGCCAACUACAGAGCUCUUCACAAAAUUCCAGCUGGCUUUUGUGAUCUUCAUUUCCGUGAUGCAAGGUUUGAAAUUUGGAGCCUACAGGAUCAUAUAAGAGACUGUCUGUCAAGGUAUUAACAGAAAGUUAAAAGAGAGCUGGUCUAUUCAGUGAGGGUGUUUAAGAAUGUCUGAAGUGAGGACGUGUAUGUAUCAGCACCAUGAGGCGAAUUCCAGCCAUAGGAUUUGAUAAGAUGACACGUGAUAAAAUGCAUUUGGUAAUAAAAUGGGUUCACUCACAUUGAGAGAUCUGGUGCAAUCAGUGUGUUUGAUGUUGAUUUGGAGGACGUUUCUGUGCAAACCCCAGGAGGCUGUUUGAUGUUAGAUAUGUGGUGUGAAAAAUGUACAUGAUAACCUUAACUCAAUGUGACAGUUUUUGGCAUAUCACAGUAUCUGCUAAUGAUGUUUCAUUUUCAAAGAGGAUGACAUUAAAUACUAACACUACAGUGGCAGUGCAGGUUUUAGAUUAUCUGAAAAUGAAUCAUUUUUUUUUAAACGACUUGUUAAGAAGAAAAACAACUGCCUUUUCAUGUGAUAUAUUUGUUAAAAAGUAGGCUACUUGGUCAUACAUUAUCUAAGGAAUAAAACACAGUGAGGUAUGCUGUUAUAUGAAAAUAAUAAAUGACAGCAUGGUGUGAUGCAGCCCAACACAAAGCAGAGUUACUGUUACUACUGCAAAGUUGAUUAUUUUCUAAUAACAGUAUGCCCCAAAGUGUUUUAUUCUGCUUAUAUCACAGCAAUUUGCUAACUAUUACAAUUCUUUUUUUUAUUAAAUAACAACACAACAUAUAUACAUUUAUAGUUAUGUUGACUUCCGCAAAACAUGUUAGUUCCUGUUAUCACUUAUAGAUUAUAGCUGUGUAAUUAUACCCGCUCAUUCCAUCACUUUCUCUCGAAGUUAAUAAGACAAUAAAAUUCAGCUUGUUACCUCAAAACACAGUGUCCAGAAGACUUUCUAGCUUUACCUCUGACUGUUACAAAGCUCUGAAACUGGAGACUCCUUUCAAAUUAAAUAAACAUCUCCCUACCAAAACUCCUUACCAGUCAACAAUUACAUGACUUUGUUAAAUAACAUGUUUUUUAAUCAGGAAUGAGCGCAUUAACUAAUUCAUUUUCCUUGCAAUCAGAUAUUCUGUUAGAAAAUGAGUCAACACCUUCUGAGAAUUCAGAAGUGCUGUGGUAUAAAAUUGUAACAUUACAUGGUGUAGCAUUACAUAUAGGGUAUAAAAAUUUCAGAUCACAGUAUACCUCAUGACAGUGUAACAAAAUGAAACCUACUAUUUAGAAACUAGGCAACUACCGUAUUACCACUAACGAGUUGAGUAACUACUCAAGUGUAACUACAACCUUUCUACAAUAUAUAUAUAUAUAUGUGUAUAUAUACACAUACACACACAUAUAUGUAUGUAAAUAAUAUACAUCUUACAUAUGAAAUAUUGUAUUAUUACUAUAUAUACGUACUGUAUAUAGUUUUAUUAGCACCUCCAACUUCAUUUCAACGAGAGUUUUAUAAAGAAGUUUAUACUGUGAGAACUAUUUUCUGCAGCUAUUUACAGUGGAAUGGCCCUAUAGAGAGUAGAGAAUAAUAAUAGUCUGGCUGGCAUAAUGCAGACUGCAGUGUUAAUGCAAUGUGAGAAUGCUGACCAUACACAUCACUCAACGUCCACUGAGCUUUUAUAGAUUGCAGAAUCGAAUGCUCCAAAAUACUCACUCCUUAGUGAUUGUUUUCUUCGAAAAUAAAAAGGACUGAAAUUCAGAAGCAGGAAAAAGGGAGUCAAUAGACAGAUUGGGGUCAAUAUUCUUUCAACAUGAUAUAUUUCACGUAAUCUACUUAGUUGAGCUUGGUUGUUUGGGAGGAGUGUUACUUCGCAGGAUAGCAAUCUUGGUAGUGGGAGCACUGCAGAGAACUGUAUGCUGAUGUAAGUAUCAGCUCUUAACCACAGCCUGAUUUGCGCUUUUGUCAAAUCUAUGUUUUUCAAGUGACUGUGGUUUUAAUUGCUUUCAUUUUCACACUUUUGAAAGCACUUACUCUGUGAACUCUGCAUUAAUUUUUCCAUUUGGUCUACUUCUUAGAUGCGCAGUUGUUUCAGGGACACACCAAGGCCUAAAACUGAGCAACAUCUAAUCUUUUAGAGUCUUUUUUUUGCAUCGGUUUCAUUUUAACUUGAACAUAAUAUACAGUAGCGGCUCAAUUUACAAAAUUGAAGCUUUCAUGCUUUUGACCAUAGCCAACUAAAUCCUUGACCUAAAUUGCCUAAAGUAAAGCAGGCUUCUCUGAAAUAAUUCUUCCAGAGAGAUUUGUUUUUUAAGGCAACUCUUUCAUCAGUAUUGGUGUUUGGAUUGCAGAUGGUGUCCAUCUGGAUGCUGGAUGGCCAUUUAUUCACUCACAUUUCAGUUUUUAUCUGUGGAUUAGACAUAUGCAUAUGUUAGUGUUGUAAUGUUGUUAUGGAUAGGAUACAAUGUGUACAAUGAUCUUGCUGUUUGUCCCUGUACUGUAAUAAUAUAGACCGCAUUUUAUAUAAUGAGACACGAAGCUGUUAAAAUAAGCCAUUUUAAGACUGUACUAUAUACGGUUAGUUGCCGUGACAUUCAAAAUGACCUGGAUUACUAAAAAUCUUUCUACGCUAUCAGAAAAAGUCUACUAAACUGCACCUUUCCUUGUUGCUGGGAUGGUACUUUUAUCUUUAAUAUGUAUCUUUCAACUGGAAAUGUGGUUAUCGUUUACUUUUAACAAAGAUUUAAGGUACAUAAUUGGAUGAUAAUUGCAAUAAAGCUACACGAUACCCAUAUUUCAAGGUAAAAGAUAUUUACUAAAGUUAUCAAAGGUGUAUGCUUGAGGUUACCACCCCAGCAAUGAAUAGUUCAGUUUAGUACCCUUUUUUUGGACAUGGGAAAGAUUAAGGCUUAGCAGUUUGGAAGUUAUAGAAUGUAUUUAUGCCUUUGUAUGUAUGCCUUCUGGGUUACCUUUUAGGAAAAAAUAGACAUUCAUUUGUUCAUUUCCAGGCCUGAAAAAGGCAAAUAAAUGUCCACUGCAUGGCAAUAAUGUGAUUCAUUAUUAUCCUAUGAACAUCAUUACCCUCAUUAAAAAUGUCAGGAUCUAGCAUUGUAGAAACACCCUGAUGUCCCCCCUGCCACUGUAAAUAGUCUGAUAUCACCAAGAUUAACAAAUGUCUCAGAGUGUCUAGUUAACUGCUUGAUUUGCAUCGUAACUUUCUCAGUGAUUCAUUUAUAUAACUGUAACAGUUCAUAUACUAAUUUUCAUUAACCACAUUAUCCCGGUUAGGGCCAUGGAUCCGGAGCCUAUCCCAGGAACACUGGGCGUGAAGUAGAAAUACUAGAGAUAGAAUGCUAGUCCAUUACAGGGCAUCAUGCACACACCCACAUUCAGACCCCCAUUCAGACCUAGGUGCAGUUUAGAAUCACCAAUCACCUACCGCCAUGUUUUUGGGGGGUAAGAAGAAACUGAAGACGUUGGAGAAUCUCCACAUAGACAGUUACCGUGAGCUCAGGAUCAAAACUUGGGUCCCUGGAGCUGUGAAGUGGCCAUGCUACCCCCUGUAUAACUGUGCCGCCCCUUAUUUAACAGCAGUACUGAGAUACUGUGGCUUGAAGUUCCCAGGCACCACGUCAUCCUCUAAUAUCUAAGCAGCUGGUGUAAAUACUUGGGUAAAUACUCAGUAAGUAAUAAAGAAAUGGUUUGGCAGUUCAUUAAGAACUAACAAUAAUCACUGAGGUUUAUAUAUCUCCUGGAGAACUACUAGCUAGCUGCCAAUUAAUUAUUAAGAACAUCAGCGUCAUCUGCUGUCUUACCUACAUAGUAGUAACAUAACUGACUAUGAAUAUAUUAUUCUGAUUGAACAGAUAAUGUGUUGUAAACAGAUACAGAUGCAGUCAUGAAUAGGAGCACUGCAUGUGCACUAAUGCACUAUUUUCUUUCUUUCCUUAUUUUUUUUUUUUUAGAAAGCUUUCCAGAAAGAUUCACUUUUCCUGCCAGACAGUUUCACAUUCAUAUGUGAGACCAGAUGUGUGUAUCAGUUUAUGCGUAUGGGAUCCCAUAGGAUGAAACAAAAAGUCAUGCAAGCAGGAGGUUUUUUCCAUUCACGUAGGUGAAAGGUCAGAUAUGAAGCUCGUGGGACAAAGAAAGACCAUAUUCAUUAAUGUGAAUACAUUUACAGUGUUCACAGAUUCAUCCUUAGUAACUGCCUGGUCAGGGUCACAGUGGUUUAAAAUUGAGCUACUGGUUUGUUUAUAUUUUGGGAAAUAGAACCAACCACUACAUUUGUUACAAGUAGAAACAAAAAUAAUAACUGUGCUAAUGGGAUUAAAAAAAAAACAGUCCCAUGCACAUUUCUAUUUCAGAAAACCCUUCCAGUGUAGGCCACACCCACUUUGGUUUAAAAUCCAAAUACAGACGCAUAUAUGAAUAUUUGGAGCACUAAACAGAUACAGGAAAAAAAACAGAUACUGAUAAUGACAUUGCUUUGGCAUUUUCUUUGACAGCAAUGUUCCCGCUUAUAUUACAUGCACCAUGAUGGAAUGUGUGUGUGUGUGUGUGUGUGUGUGUUUGAAAUUACACACCUACUUUUACCAAGCUUGUUAUCUGUUAUUACUAAGACUUACGUCUAGAACGACGUUUUGUUUCUCAUCUCUAAUGAAUAGCCCUGCGGUAUCCAGCCACAUGUAGAAUAACGAUACACACUCGCACAAGGUCACCUUCCUCUGGCUUCAUUAGAGACUGCUUUAUUACCGCUGACAGAUGCAUUCAUAAAUCACUGGUCCCGCAGUGGCGAGAGCUGCAACACAAACCUAAAUCUUUCAUUCUUUUGCUCUUUCUUCUCUGUUCUUCUUAUAAGCUGCUAAUUAUCUAUAUGCAGCUGGAUGCAAUUCUCUCUGAAUGAUAUCAGUUAACCUAAAAAUUUUCAAAGAGCUGCAGUUAAAGGGACUGGAUAGAGUGAAGGACAUUACAUUACAUUGUAUUGUAUUGUAUUGUGUUGUAUUGUAUUGUACUGUAUUGUGGAGUAUUGUUUGCACCAUAAGCUCCAAAUAUACUAAAUAUAUAUAGUUAUAGAUUUCUCACUGUUCAGAACUGGUGAGUUUUCACCUAGGCAGAGGAAAGACUUAAUUUUGAUAAAUGGCUUACACCAUGAUGAGAUUGAAAGGAAUUUCCCUCAGUGAAGAGGUAUUUGAAAUUCUUCUUGUAUGUUAGUGGCAGAAAGACAACAAAAGAGAUUGAGCUCAGAUGAAAUCUAUCUCAUUUUGGCACCAUCUUCAGAUUUGUCUUAAUAUCUCUCUCCUAAAUCACAUUAGAGCUGUUAUUGGUAAUGCUGCUAAUAAAUCCCUGUACAUUUCCUUAUAUGUGUGGUGGUCUAGGAAAACCCAUCAGAUGUGGCUGUGGCUGAAUUCUGGCAAACAGCCACAAAUAAAAAAAAAAGGUUUUGGCCAAUAUAUAUAUAUUUUUUUCCUGCCUGUGGCAUGCUUUGACAUCUCUCUGACAUCUAAGAAACCAUAAAUAUACUGUAUUUCACCAAAACGACAUGGAAAUGUUGUUAUUUACUCUCUAACCUUGGCUUGGUUUCUACCUGCAAAGAUUAUGUUGUGUACAGAGCCAGUUUGCUUAAGGAUAUUUAAAACUUUGCCAGCUAAACCUGGGUUUAAACUGUAUGAUUUUGCCAUCACAGAUAAAACCUUUGCAUCGGAACGCAUAAUAUGACAUGCUCACUGGUGGGCGAUUUAGUGCUGUUUUAAUCAAAGAGAGGCAACGACAAAGUUCUUGCAGUGUCCGAAACUUUGGAUUAAAAUCUCAGAGUGUGAGUGUUGCUACAAUGUUAACAUGUUAAAAGCGACCAAUAGGAGAACAGGUUAGGAUUACAUGAAACUCACGGGACAGCUACAGAUAUGGUAGUGGCAAUGACAAAACAAACAAAACAGGCUAACAGGAGGGAAAAAAUAUUCAUACUAGUCGAGUUGGCACAGAGGUGAUACCCGAUAUCGGUAUCAGGCCGAUACCAGCAAAAAAAAAAAAUAAAUGGUGGAACGGAUAUAGGAGAAGACAUAUCAGAUAAUGGACCCUGUAACAAAUGUAAAAGAUUGGAAAUGGAAUUGAGGGAAAAAAAUUGUGUUUGGAACUGGAAAUGUUUAAAUAUAAAGAAAGUAGUUUAUUCUUUUGUAUGAUUGAUUUUUAUUAUAUUUAAACCUCAUACUUAUUAUUAUUAUUAUUAUUAAUUACUUAUUAUUGUUUAUUAUAUUUACAAUAUAAGUUAUUUUUGUGUGAAAGUAUUUUUCUGUGAAGUGCUCCAGGAAAUUUUUUUUUUAAAACUUAGUAGUUUUCUUUAAUCACAGGUCUAUGAUUAGAGGAUGUUCAUCUCAUAAUCUGACAUAGAGAACAGAUAUUGUACCUGUUAUAAAAUUCAGCCGAGAUUUUAGCGUGAUAAGUAACAAAUCUUAAAAGACCGCUGUAAUGGCAGUAGUUUGAAAACUGGCUUAAGUGGGAUUUCCUCACACAGAGAAUGUCAGGAUUUGAGAAUUUGUUGAGAAGGUACGCUGUGUGUAGCAAAAUAAUCAUAAUUCUAAUGAAUUCAGCGUUAAAAUAUCUGUGAUGCUCCUGCACUAUUGUUGAAAUGAAAUCUUUAAAUGCAGUUAUAUAGUAGAACAUGUCAAAAUGUUCACUGUGUGAAGGGUUUUCCCAGGAUGCCACACAUAUGGUUAACAGUAGGUUCAGGGAAUCCAGUCUCAGAGCUGUGUCUUUUCCUUGGCAACAUUUACGAGAGUAUGAUUUUGCAUUUAAUCAGAGUCUAAAAAUCUGCAUAUUGUAGCUGGAUGACAGACUGGUUUCUUCUGCUCACACAUGAUUUCAUGCUGAGACACUGCCUGUUUCUCUUGAUUAAAUCCUGACAAUAUGGCUAUCUGCUUGCAGUGCUGUGUAGCAGUAGCCCUAAGCAAAGACAAGCUAAAUCAGGUGCUUAUAACUCUGCACGGCCUCAUGAUGUGUCACGGUAAGUGAUGCUAAACAAACUACUAAACCUAAAUAUACAGCAUACCUGAUUUAUUUCACUACUGCAGCUGUAGCAUUAUUUUAUAUAAGCACUAUAUGGAUAGCAGAAGGGACACAAUAAAAAAUGCACAUGGAUAAUUAAAACAUUUUCUCGCAUAGUUUACCUAGCCUCAAUGAUUAAAAUAUUACCUCCUGCUGAAGUUAAACUGUAUUUGUAGAAUUCAUGCAGAACUGGUGUAAAAUCUUUUGCUAAUCCAAGGUUUUUAGUAAACAUAUAUAUACUGUAUGACAACAACAAGAGUUUUGUAUGUUAAAAGGUCAGUUUUUAUAUAAUAAUAAAUAUAAUAGCAAGCUGAAAGAGCCCAAAAGCCUUCACACAUGUUGGUGGAGGAGACGGCUCUAUGCUAACCCCAUAAAUGAUAAUAUCAUGCACUUCAACCAGCCAAAGGCUACAGCCCCACCAUCUUAUUUUUUUUUAUUAGCUUACAGAAUUCAUUUCACAAAUUCACAGAUAAACAGUUCACCUAGAUAAACUUGGCUUGAAGCAAAAGUAAUCCCUAGCACGAGCGAAUGUGCGUCUUUCACAUCCCGUGUCCUUUCCCCUUCAGUUGCCUUUUCUUCUUCACAUUUGGUCUGAUGGCUGCGUUUCCUGAGAAAGCAGACAGUAGUUUUCAGAUGUCUCUCGUUUUGCCAUAGCAAGGGGUCAAAAUUAAACGUUGGCACUUCUGUAGCUACAACUAGUGCACUGACCAUGAGCUAACUGUUAAAUUAUCCACUGAUAAACAGCUAAACAGCUAAUAUAUCAAAUCAGUACCAAGAGUAUUAGAGUGUUUAUGUUAGUGCUAUGUUUCUAGUCUCAUAUCUAGACCCUAUACCUAACAGUAACCAUUAGCAGUCAAUCAUCUUUAGCUUUGCACUGGAGCUGUGAAGGGAAACAUAGUAAUGGAAGCUAAUAAGCAAUGGAAGUCUAUCUAAUGCAUAAUUGUAUUGCUAAGUACAUUUGGGUCAGUUCAAUUCAAUUUUAUUUGAAUUGAACUGACUUAAAAGUACUCUGCAAUACAAUGAUGUAACAAUAGAUAUUGUCGCAAAUAACUUUAUAGAAUGUAGAUUUAGAUUGCUAAUGUGCAACACAGAGGUGAUAAUGGGAAGCGAAAACUCCCUGAGAAAUCAUUAUGCUUCUAUAUAAUGUUAAAUCUACACCAUAAAUGUCUUAAGUAAUGCCACAGACGUGCCAAUGUGGUCUGGGAAACCACAGGCUUGUUUUACACUUGGAUUAGUUUUAAUGAGUAUGAGUCUCUAGUUUUCCAACUAUGAGCUCAAUUUUUGAGUCAAACACUUUGUGGAAGUGCUAUCUGUGCUGAUCUCACUGUGGAAGACUACAAAGAAUACAAGUGACAGAUUUUCAUACUGGUGCAACAUUUCUGGAAUAAGCAGGACUUGAUGAUAUUGGAUUUUUUUCCCUGCAUGCAAUCUGAAUUUCUUGAUCACGGAUCAGUGAGGAGGAAGUCCAUGUUAAAUUGUGGAAAUUUAUUUAUUUAAUUAUCUUUUAUGUAAAAAGGGCCUUGAGAGAGAGAGAGAGAGAGAGAGAGAGAGAUACAAGUCCCUGUGUCUGUAUAACUUAUUCUGAUUUUAUCAUUAUGAGCAAAUUUCACUGUGUAACUGAAUACUGUAACAUUAUCUAUCUUAACUGAAAUCACUUUUUUUGCUCAUUUCCAGACACAUAUUAAACAGAAUUGCACAGGAAGUGAUGAGUACAUUUAUAUAGAUCCACUUUGAACUUUUGGGUAAGAUUGUUUUCCAUUAUUUGUUAGCUACUUCAGCUACAGUUUAUAGCUACAUAAUCGUACAGCGUUUUCACAUUUGGCCCGAAUGCUUGAGUCUGCACCCUGGCCUGAUUCUGGGCUCAUUUGGUGGAAUUCCUUCUGAAACAUGGAUUUACUGCACAGUUCCAUACUUGUGUGUGCUUUUGUGCACACAGUUUUUCAAAUGGUAGUUUUUUAAAUUCUUCCUCAGUGCUUUUUGGAUGCAUGGCAUGCCAUCAGGCAGGAAUACUUGCAAACUAGGAGCAGUUCUCAUGCAGUAUAAGAAGAUUUUUAGCCAUGUAAGCCACAAGAGAUGUACAUUUUUCAUCAUACUCUCAAUGCCCACAAUCGCACAAGAAGUGUGAACUAAUUACAAAUCUCCAGUCCUAUGAAGAAGAAGAAAAAGGAGAAAAAGUCUGCAGAUGACAUUCAGGUUUCAUUGUUUUGCAAAAGAAAAAAAAAACAGUGGUUACAUGGGAAGGAUAAUUCUGUCUGCCCUGUCCUAUCAGUGUGAACAAAUAACAACACAAAUUAUUGUUCGAUUAAUACUCAAAUACAGCUAUCUCAGUCAGCCAUGCAAACUCGCCGCCUAGCAUAAUCACAGCAGGGUACCUCAGAUAAAGACAUGGUCAAGGCCAAUGGAGGAAUGAGUGUAAGGUGACAGCCUAAUCUUACUGAUAGCAGUUAAUAACAGGUUCCAUGUCUUUAUGGGAGCUGCAAACAGCCCUUGUCCUGCUCUCCCAUUAUCAUAAUGAGAUAGUGAAGUGCCUCUCACUGCAGGCCGGCUGCAGGACUGCACCAUCAUUUUGGCCUGACACUUUCCUUUAAGGCCGAGCCAGAUAACACAGGUGCUUUAAAAGCCUCCUCGAGUGGGUUAUCAUGUCAAACAAAUGUGGUGACUCAAUUAGAAAUGUGCAAAAGCUGUCUCUUGCUGUUGUCUUGAAUUGAAGUGAAUUCCCUAAUACAUGAGAAAGGGAAGUAAAACAACACACACUACCUGGGUUCAUGCUGUGUUACCUCUGAAUACCAAACAUCAUAAACAGAAAAGUUGUCGUUCUUUUGUUCAAACCACACUAAAAACAUUACAUUUACAGUUCUGUUGUCUGUCUUUCUGUGUAAAUUUGUACCUGUAGACAAUGUGUGUAUAGCUUAUCUUCUUUUGUUUUUCAAGGAAAAAAAAUAUUGGUUUCUCUGUAACAUGAAAAGCUAUGUUUUUUGCUUUAUUAACUCCAAGACAGAAGUAAUGACGUAAGUAAUAACAGGAACUCCUGUGUCAUGAAACGUACUAACUUUUACAAAGCACUGACACUCCUUCCCUAAAUGUUAAAUAAAUAUCUCCUAACUAAAAGACUUUUUUAAUAUAACAACACAGUAUUAAUCAGUUUAUUAUUAGGCUUAGAUUAUAUGGAGGAUCCGCCAUACAAGGCCCUGUGAAUGAGCUGUUAUAGGAACAGUGACGUAUUAGAACAUAUUAAACCUAUCAUUUAUAUUCCAGUCAUAAAUGUUAAAUCCAUGUUGGUAUCAACAAAACUAAUCAACACCUUCUAAUUCAAGAAUUCAGUCAUGCUGUAGUAUACAUAUUGUAAUCAAUAAACAAUCUCUGUUAAAAGAAAAAUUAAUUGACUGUCAUUCAGGUGUAACGUCAUAGCUCAUGCCACAUGUGUGUACCGCACCUCCAGGGUAAAACACUUUCCCAUUUUUAGGGAAAAUGAUGCUAGAGUAAAUAAUCCUCUGUAUUUCACAUGUAUCUUAUCAAUCACUGCUGAUGACGUGAUUGAAGUUACAGAUGUGUCAACAAAGUGGGCUUGAAAAUAUCAGCCCAAAUGAAGAGCAAAGCUAGGCAUGUUUCACUUUGUGUAAUCAUCUGACAUGGCCGUCACUGAUAGGCUGCAUGAAUCUACACUCUGGGCUAGAAAUGAAUCAGCUCCAGCAUCACUUCUUCCUGCCAUUCUGUGUGUUUUUCUUAUGACCGUUGGUGGUGGUGUUGUGCUUGGUUCCAUAAAAGCCUUGCCAUUUGAUAUCAUCAAAUAAUCUGAUGUGGACGCCAAAAAUGUGACCUUAUACUGAUGUUUUUUAUUGCUGAAAGACAUUUUGAGCUUAGCCCUGCUAACACACUUAUACCAGCCACCCAUCACCCAGAAACCUCUUUUUAUUACAGUCUAUAACGAUCCUGUGCUUUCACCUCUUGAUCUUCCAGUAAUCAUUGGUGGACCCAGACUUAAUUCCUAUUUCUCAUAACUACACAUAUUUCCUAUUAGCUUCACUGCAGGUACAGAAAAAUUUAUAGCAGGUAUGAAAUUCAUGCUUUAAGAUAAAUAAUUGAAUAAUAAGCCGAGAUGUUAAGUUUGAGCUGUUAACACGGACAGAUGUUCUUUGUAAAUCAGCAUAUGCUGUAUGAUGAAGAUUCCAAGGUAAGUGUUGAAGGUUAAUGGAAAUGUUGCUUGGUCAUAUACACCACAUAUGCAUGAUUUUCAAACUUAAAAUAGUAACAGUGGUGGAAAUCACAAUCCUCCCAUUAUGCAUUAUGAAAGUUUUUAUAUUUAUCAUUACAUUCUUAUAGUUAUUAGCCUAUUUGGCUGGUCAUAUUGAAUAGCUUUAAUCCAAACAGCAUAAACUCAAAAACAAGUUGGUCUAUAAUAAUCGACUUGAAUCCAAUGAAAGAAUAAAAAUAAGUGUAAAAGUUAAUAAAUUAAAUUCCAUGGCUUAAUAGCCAAAAUCAUUAUGCAUUAUACACAUUAUACAAUAUGGUUAAUAUUACAUAUUUGGAUUGUGUUAAAUAAAUCUGUACUGAGGAGUCCUGCAGAAUUUAUUAUUUUUUUUAAUAUGUAAAGGGGUCAUAUUAAAAUAUGUAUUUAAUAUGUAAAGCUGCAAAUGUUUAAUAAACCCUGUCAUAUACAGUAUGACUUAAUUUGAGAGGGGGUGUGAGGGAAUUCUCUUCCACUGAGUUAUAAACAUUCAUCAUCUUGUAAACAAUGAUCCAUCUAAUAAACCCACCAUACUUUUUUCUCUCCCUGUUUGGAUUAAUGUUGUUAUGUGACAUGGCAUAAGAUAUUUGUUAUUAGUAACCUUUAGAAAUAGCACUAAAUAGAAGUGAGCACUAAAAGACUGUCAUUAAAAAAGAAAAAAAGAAAAAUUAUGCACUCUUGCCAGUUAUUAGAUAUGAGGAGUUAAUUAAAUGGUACAUCUGAGUUUGGAGUUUCAUUCUUGGGAGUUAAUAUGUAAUAUUUAACAUUGCUAAAUCGCAUUAAUUCGUCUAUUGUAUUAGUAGCCUAGCUAGAUAGAGACAUGUGACAUAUUAAAGGAAAACUGGUGACUCUGUUAUGAUUUGGGGGGCGUUUAU